AGGCAUUGUACUGCAGUGCAUUUCGUGGACAUAUCGCAUCCAUUAGGUCCUUUGGUGCUGAGGUUGCCUUCACUUCUUGACCUGUCCGUGGCCGGUGAAGCACAGCGGGGCCUGCCACACCGAUAGCGCUUUACGAUUAGCGUAGAAGGCUUUAACUUUGCGCAAUGAUGCUGUCGAAGGCACAGGACGGCCAACGUGACCCUAACGUGGCUACCCGCGACCAUUGCGUCUACGCUUUUGCUGUGCUGCAGUCCCACCUUACCGGCAACCCUACUCCAGUGCCUACCUUCCCUGAGGGACGCUGCGCGCUCUUUGUUACCUGGAAUACUCAUAGCGGAGAUGACCAUUGGAGGUUGCGCGGAUGCAUUGGGACGCUGGAGCCUAAGCCGCUGCACCGGGCGCUUCACGACUAUACGCUUACCAGCGCCCUUCGAGACCACCGCUUCUCGCCCAUCAGGCUCAAGGAGUUGCCGUCGCUGCAGUGCAAGGUGUCCCUCCUAGCCCGCUUCGAGAAGGCCGCCGGCUGGCGCGACUGGGUGGUUGGGCAGCACGGCAUCAUCAUCCACUUCGCCGACCCAGAUCAGGGAUCCCGCCGUACAGCCACCUUCCUGCCCGACGUGGCACCGGAGCAGGGCUGGAACCAGCAGCAGGCCGUAGACGCGCUCAUCCGCAAGGCGGGCUACAGCGGACCCAUAGGCACCUCCCUCCGCGAUUCUCUCACGUUGGAGCGCUACCAGUCCACCAUCGCCUCCGUCACGUACGAGGAGUUCCUGAUGGCUGUGGAGGCAGGCGCGCUGGAGGGCAAGCAGUGGGAGGUGGCGGAGGAAGAGGAAGAGGAGGUGGAGGAGGAGGAGCCGGCAGCAGCGGUGCCGGUGCGAGUGGCGGCAUGAGAAUGGUGGGGAAGGGGGUGCGAACGCGAUAGGGCAGGACGCAGGAGCUUGGCGGCUUAAGGAAGGGGGCAUGUGCAUGGGAACUGCAUGGGGGUUCUGCGGGCGGGUUUAUCAUGAGGGUUUUGCCGUCAUGGAAAAUGAUGGGAGGGAAGGAUUGCUAGGUUGGAGGUGUUCAAGCGCGUCAGAGGUCUGGGGGGAGCUGGGGAGCGCGGUGUGAAAAUGAGGUGGGAUGGGUGGGCUGAAAGCUUCCCCCUGUGUCGUGGCCGGCCCCGGGCUGGUGCGGUGACUGUUGUUAGCUGGGGAUGAUAGGACUUGGGAGAUACGGAUUGGAGGAGGAGGAGGGGAGCGAAAAUGGACGCGCUGGGGCAGUUGCAUGGAUAACUACAGGGCCAGCUAAGGACAAACAUCUACAAUAGGGGAAGAUGAAGUACGAAGGCGUCGAGGCCAGCACAUCGCUUUGCUGAUGUGGUUCGCUUUGCUGAUGUGGUGUAUCGUGACGUGCUGGCAUGAAUCCUGCAUGCCUAUGCACAGCCAUGUCAUGCGUAAUGUAUCAUUUGCAACAUUUUCAUACACGGAGAGUUUUGGGCAUUUUUUACGGCCUUCCGUUCUGCUCGCUUAUGCAACCUGUGUCGUCGGCUUUGGCGGUGUUCAUAGGCUUAUAAGGACACUGUGCGGUAUGUGGGUCGGCUGUUGGUAUAUUUCCAUGUCCUAAGGCAUCGUUAGGGGGUUAUUUGGAAUGUACAAUGGAGCUGGUUUCUGUUCCGUAUGCGGCUUGACGUCGUGACUACAUCUGGUUAUUCCCGACAGUUGAAAGGGCCUUGGGAGCGAACCCUUAAGGCAUGUCUCUUUCUUAUGUGUUUUCAAAUGUAUGGGACCAUCUAGCAGGGUGCUGUCAGGAACGAUGGUCCCUUCGCAUAUGGGAUUGGCCACCAAGCAAGCCGGCCAAGCCCGGCAAGGCACACGACUGUACGAUAGGAGAUGGUUUACUGUUAACACCCGUCGUUGUGGCGGGCAAACUGAUAUUGUACCAUAUCCAAGAGUAUUUGUUGCGUUAUAUUAGCUGGAUACCACUGUGCUGUAAGAAUGCGCUGAACUGGGGACGAUACAAUCUCAGGAGCUUCUAUACGCAGUUUGCAAAAAUGAUUGCACCAAAGAAAGGAAAUUAUCAGGGCAACCCUAGCCACUUGUUACCAUCAGAGCUGAUUGACCGCUGCAUAGGCUCGCGAAUGUGGGUAAUUAUGAAGGGCGACAAGGAGAUUGUCGGCACUCUUAGAGGCUUUGAUGUCUACGUCAACAUGGUAUUGGAGGAUGUAACGGAAAUUGAGGAUACCCCGGAGGGCAAGAAGCUGACGAAGUUGGACCAGAUCCUCCUGAACGGGAACAACAUUGCCAUCCUGGUGCCUGGUGGCAAGCCGGACUACUUGUGAACUACUGCGCAAGCCUCAUGUGCUUGGCUAUUGGGCAUCAAGAGUUUGUCAAGCAUCUCGGACCUGGCGGCCUGGCGCGCUAGCAGCUUCACAGCAGCAGGGCUUGUGAUAAGGCCGGAGGUGAUGGAGGCUGCCGGAGGUUUCCACGGACUGAAGUAUGCUCUCAGUUCGAGUGAUGCCUGGAAAGUGUAGACCAUUGGAGACCUGUGCCACGUCGCACGGCCCUUUGCCAGCUACUGACACAUCGGUAUAUGGAGGGGAGUGGUAGAGCAGGAGUAGAAGGGGUGUAGUAAAGGUGGGCUUGAAGUGUUGACGCUUCAUGGUUGACAGGGGUGAGCACAGGCUUGCACAUAUGCCACCUGUGUGUGCUGUGUGAGAAACCAGGAACCCUUGAUGUGCCAAGCUGUUUGCAACAUGAACAGAACACGGCAUAGCUGCGGUAAAGUAGCUGUCGGGAGGUCCUGGCAAUGCCGGUUACGUUGCACACGGGGUGGCAAGAGGUUUGUGCUGGAGGCUACGCUGCCCUCUGCUGGGGGACGAGGAGGGGGACGUGGAGGGGGAAGGUUCUGCACUGGGCAACGUGGCCGCUCUGGAAUGAAAUAUUGCUCAAUGUUCUAAGGGUACUAGGUGCCAUGUUGUCGAGGAAGUUGGUCCUGUAAGCGUAAGCACAUAAGCAGGGGCGUAUGGCGAGCUGGGAGAGAGACGUUGUUGAGAACGCUGAAAGUACCCUGCCUACAGUUUCCGGUUUUGAGUGAACAAAUGGUGGCGGUUAACCAUGUGUGGCCGAAAUUCACAGUUGUUGAGGUAUUCCAGUCAGUGUUAAUUUUCUCUGCACUGUUGCCCGCCAGUCAAAGAACAGCGAAUAGGCCCAACCGGCGAUCAGCGCACGGCGUGUGUCCUGCUUUGGGCCGCUUUCCGCGCUUGCAUGGGGAAAAGGAGCACCGCCCUACGGCAUUGCGAAAGUACCUGGACCGUGCCGCGGGUUCGCCGUACUGGGGUAGCCGGAAAUCUUACUCGCCUUCGUACUGUACGGUACGGCAAACCGCUUAACUAAUGUACAACUACCACCCUCCC